GUUGACUCUUCUUAGUAAGGAUGUGGCCUUAACAACUGAGAUAAGAGUUGAUGAAGGAGCUCUCUCUCCAGAACUCUCUAUUACGCCAGCACUUUAUGAUCACUCAUACAGUUGCAACAGAGAACAGAUGGCUCAAGAAGUGUAUGAAUCUGACCAGUCUCAGUCUCUACUGCAGGGUUGGAUAAGCUGUCCAUCUCUUACCGAAAAUAUUUCUAAGCCUGUUUUUUCACUAAACAUUGCAGUAAAGCAACAGCAGAAUAAUUCUGUAGAUAUCAAGUUGGGUGGAUUUCAGAAAGAUUCAGAAGAAAAGCCAGAUUAUCUUUUUAGUCCAGGUCCCCAGAAGGUUCUGAAUCAGCUGACACUGGAGUUGACUCUGGCCAUGCUCAGCUGGUACCCAGUGUGUGCUUACUGGGAAAGUGAGGAGACAAGAUUCCGGGCUGGUGUUAGAAGGCCAUAUUUGUCGGACUGGGGUCCACAGGAGAAGACCUCUGUUUUGGUUCAGUUCCCAGAUGUCUCAGCCUUGCUUCUUCAGCAGCUGCUCUGUUCUGUCCAACAGACAAUUGCAGGGAAUGUUUUUGUGGAAGCAUUCACCGAAUGGAGCAUAGAGACUGGUGAAUUUGAAAUCAUUGGUUUGUUGAAAUACCUCAGUGACUCUGAGAGCAUUAAAAUAAUAAACUCAUUUCCUGACAAGUUAGAGUGUCAGGGUCAUGCCUUUUCCAUUGAUCCAUCAUCAGAUGAGAGCAAUGAUGUCCUGCCAGUACAGCUUGUGACAGCUCUGGAUGCCUUGUCAGAAUCUGUCGUACAACCUGUCACUCCUGUAGUGCCAAAUGAGACACCUAACGCCAGGGGAGAGCAGUUAAAUUCAGAACCCAGUGUUCCCCAGUUAGAUUAUGACUGUACACAGCUAACAAGCAUAAUUGAGUCUCAACUUGCUACAAUUCAGGUAAAGAAAUUGAAAACAGGAUCUAACUUGCAGAGGACAACAAAUGAGCAACCUGUGGGUGAUGAGCAGAGGGAGAAAGAAGUGAUUUCAGAUUACGGAGCUGCCACCUCUAGUGAAAAGCAAACUAGUGACAGAAGUUUACAUUCAGUGGAGGCUGCAGCAUGUGCAGAAACAGCCCAGACAACAUCAGGGAUAGUGAAGCGGUUAAGCGAGACCACCUCAAGAAAGAGCAGACUUUUCAGUCAUUGCCAAAUACUAGAAGAGACUCAGCAGAGGACGUCUUAUGGUGACAACACAUCAAGGAACAAAGCUAAGGAUUCUGACAAGGUUCAGAAAUCUACUUCUGAAGACAAACAUGAUCUAGAAACCAAUGUGUGCCAUAAAAUACUGAAUGAAGAUGGAGAACCUAAGCAGAGAAGGAGCAAGAGAAUUGAAAACAAACUGAGACAAAAAGCGUUUGGUAGGAAUUUUUUAAAUUCUAUUUGCCCCAUUUCACUUUCAACAAUCAAUAGGAGGAAUAGUUACGGUGAGACCUUACUCCAUAGAGCUGUUGCUAAUCAAUGCCUGGACCUUGUACGUAAUGUAAUAAAAGCUGGUGGAAAUGUAAAUGCCCAGGAUUAUGCUGGCUGGACUGCUCUACAUACAGCAACUGUGGAAGGCUUUUAUGAGAUAGCAGCUGAGCUUUUGAAGGCAGGAGCUGAUGUUAAUGCUAGAGGGGGAGAGCAAAUAACACCAUUGCAAGAUGCAGUUAAAGAUGGCAAUUGUGAGAUGGCAGAGUUAUUACUUUGGUAUGGAGCUGAUCCCUUCUUAAAAAAUGAGACGGGAAGGUGUGCAUUAGAAGAAGCUUCUGACCGAUCUAUGAGGAAACUGCUUCAAAGCUAUGUAAAAAAAACCAGAAGACGUCAAGGAUCAGCCCAGCUGAAGUGCCUUUACACCAAUGCGUGUAGCAUGGGCAACAAACAGGAGGGGUUGGAAGCCACCAUGCUCCUAGAAAACUACAAAGUAUUUGCCAUUACUGAUACUUGGUGGGACGAAUCCCAUGACUGGAAUGCAACUGUCAAUGGCUAUAGGCAUUUAGCUCAUGCUGAUGGGGACGGAGGAGCAGAGGGAUUGCCAGGAAUGUCAGAACUGCUCCUUUAUUCCACUCCGGUGGGACGCCACCUGGAGUACUGUGUUCAGCUCCAUGGCUCUUCAGCUCUGGAGCUCUCAGUACGAGACACCGACCUAUUGGAGCAGGUCCAGAGGAGGGCCACUAAAAGAGUGAAAUGGAUGGAGCCCAUCUCCUCUAAGGACAGGGUUUCCUUACAGCCAGAUGAGUCAGAACCAGCGUGUGCAAAUCUUAUGGAUUCAGGUAGCACAGAUAUAUUGCAACAGACUAUUGUAAAUGAAGUGCAAAAUAUAUAUACUAAUAUAUCUGAAGAUGGAGCCAGUUCUGCAAGUGGUGUAUUAAGCACCACUGAACAAAAGGCUCCACAGCCAGAGAAAGAAGGGAGGAUCCUGCUUAAUGCAGAAAGAAAUGUUGAAAUAUUCUUAAGUUCUUUUGUUAAACCGACAGAUGAAGGAAUGAUUGCUGGAGUAAGUGGAACAGGAGGUGCUGAAAAGCAUAGACAAGAGGAAAAUGCAAAGGCGAAUGUGCUUUCACAGUUUACUGAAACAGAAGAUGUCCAAACUAAAAGAGUAAGAUUAGACCCCCAGGAGAUAAGCCAAAUGGCAGCCUCCUAUUCCAGUAGCAGCAGAAACAAGCUUUCUUCUAGUGAAUUGCAAUUCAGUCAAGCAUUGGAACAGAAAACAUCCAAGAAUUCAGGUGAAAAAAAGAAGAAAAUUAGGAAAAAUGAAAAAGGAGAAACUCGGUUGCAUGUAGCUGCUAGGAGAGGAGAUAUGUCUUCGGUGAAAACUUUAAUAUUGUCUGGAAUGUGUGUCAAUGAGCAGGACUAUGGAGGUUGGACAGCAAUUCAUGAAGCUUCCAGUAGGGGAUUUACUGAAGUGAUCUUAGAGUUACUGAAAGCCGGUGCUAGUGUUAACAGCAGAAGUCUGGAUGGUAUUUUGCCAAUACAUGAUGCUGUUUCUGGUAAUUAUUUGGAGGCAGCCAGGAUUCUACUACAGCAUGGAGCAAAUCCCUGUGAGAAGAGUGAUUCAGGAGAAAGUGCUUUGGAUAUAGCUCAUGAUGAUGAAAUGAAAGAACUGCUGAACUCUUACAGUAGACUGUACUGUAUGGACUCGGUACUUCCCAUUGAGACUACUGAAGUUAAAGGGAGGGAAAAGCCUUCUAGCUCAAGAACAUCAAAAUGUCACUAUUACAACUGCUGUAAAAGUAGUGAUGCAGUUUUGGAACGGCAGCAUGAGAAAUGCAGCACAGAGCCUGUUGCUGCCAUACAAGAUGCAGAAAAGGAGCAAAAAGAACUGUUGCUACUUGAAUUGAGAAGUUUUAAAGAUGCAGAUGUAUAUCUCCAAAGGCUGUCUCAGGUGCAAGAUACUUUGAAUGAAAUGCUUGCAAAACAGAAAACAGAAAGGGAUGCCCUUGCUAGAAAAUAUAGGUAA